AUGGCAGCCCCUCGCAAACCCUACGACCCGGCCGAGGCAAUCGAGCCACACGUCCUGGCCAAGCUGGACCCAGACUUCGUCACGGCCUGGGCGGACCUGAUGAACAAGGUCCCGGACCCAACCCACGUGACCACCAUCGAGGAGGUGCGCGCCGACCCGCGAGUGCUGGCGCCGCCGUGCGCGCUGGACACCAAGGGCCGGCCCAGGACCGCCGAGAAGGAGGUCACCUCGGAGGACGGCGCCAUCGUCCCCGUCCGCGUGUACUACCCGGACGAGGCCCAGCACGGCCCCGGCCCGUACCCGGUGCACCUCAACUUCCACGGCGGCGGGUUCGUCCUGGGGAACCUGUCGACCGAGUCGACGCUGUGCCUCAGCAUGUGCGAGGGCGCGGGCGUCGCCGUCAUCGACGUCAACUACCGCCACUGCCCCGAGGCGACGUGGGGGAAAUGCUUCCAGGACGCGUGGGCGGCGCUGAGCUGGGUGCGGAGCGAGGCCGGGUCGGGGGAGCUCAACGUCAGGGCGGACUCGGUGUCGCUGGGCGGCGUCUCGGCCGGCGGGCACAUCAGCCUGGUCCUGCAGCACAUGGCCCGCGACGCCGGCGUCCCGCUGCGGCUGGUGAUGCCCACCGUGCCGCCGUCCGUCGACGGCCUGUUCUACCGGUUCUACACCGACUCGCCGUUCCCGUCGUUCCACGAGUUCUCCCGCGGGCCCGUGCUGGCGUUCCCUCGGAUAAAGUGGUUCGGCGAGCUCUGCGCGCCGCUGGAUAGGCGGGAUGAGCUGAGGGGGGUGUGGCCUGAGUGGUGGUUUGCGCCGCUCAAGGCGCCUAACUUUAAGGACCUCUGCCCGGCUCUCGUUCGGACGGCCGAGUGUGAUCCCCUACGGGACGAGGGUGAGGCUUAUGCUAUGAAGCUUGUUGCUGGGGGGAACAAGGUCACUAUCAAGAGGUAUAUGGGGGCCCCUCAUACCUUUAUGUAUAUGGAUUUCAUGAAACAGAAGCAACAAUAUGACUUGGAUUCUAUUGAUGCUCUGAGGGAGGCCCAUGGUAUUAAAUAGAUAACAAGAAUAAAGUUGAACCUCUGUACGUUGAAGGCGGAACAUCAUGUACAUAGAUAAAGGCGACUGUAGGAGUCGGAAUUGGCUACAGCUCUGUACAUGCUUUCUUGAAGGAUCAAGCUCACUCUAGUCUGCUUGAACUAUGCAGUGUGACAUGGAAAC